UGCCCGCCUGGACAGGGCCCCCGCUGCCCGUGGAUGAGCCACCGGACCUCCUCCUCCUUCAGAGCUGAGAGAAGCUUUCAUUCCUCCUCCUCUUCUUCCUCCUCUUCCUCUGCGGCCUCCCGUGCCCUCCCAACCCAGGACGCACCCAUGGAGAAGGCUUUGAGUAUGUUUUCAGAGGAUUUUGGCAGCUUCAUGCGGCCCCACUCGGAGCCCCUGGCCUUCCCAGCACGUCCCGGGGGGGCGGGCAACAUCAAGACCCUCGGAGAUGCCUAUGAGUUUGCAGUGGAUGUGAGGGACUUCUCUCCCGAAGACAUCAUCGUCACCACCUCCAACAACCAUAUCGAAGUGCGGGCUGAGAAGCUAGCGGCUGAUGGCACAGUCAUGAACACCUUCGCUCACAAGUGCCAGUUGCCAGAGGAUGUGGACCCGACAUCGGUGACCUCGGCCUUGCGUGAAGACGGCAGUCUCACCAUCCGGGCUCGCCGUCACCCACACACAGAGCAUGUCCAGCAGACGUUCCGGACAGAGAUAAAAAUCUGAGGGCCUUCUCACCCCUGCCCUCCCCUCUUCUCCUCCCUGACUGGCCUACCAGUGAGGUCUCCCUGACCUCCUGACAACAGCCCCCCAGAACAUCUCAGCCUAGGUUCCAGCCCCCUGACAUCCUCAGGCCCCAGGUGGGUCGUCCCCUAAACCAAGGAGUUUCACUCUGCCCAGGGACCUCCUUUUAGAUUCCAGUUAUGUCCUCUCUCACUUAGUUCAGAAUAAAGAGGUUGACAAGGGACUUGAUGGGGACCAGGCUUCUGGGCAAAUGAUCUGCAAGACAGAGAGAGACAAAUCCUUCCACCAGUGGCAUCUCUAUAGGAUAGGGCAGGGAACCCUCCUGGCCCAUGGAGCCUGGUCACAGACAGGCCAGUGUGUCUCAAUGGAACUGCCUGUCCAACAGAGGGGCGGCCACGACCAUAACCACUCUGCCACUCCUCCAGCCCCAACCCGUGGGCAGGCUGCCUGCGAUCCCCGGCCUCCAUCAGCCUAUAUAGAUGGGGUGCUAAAUGGUGGGAAGUUCCUGUUGCUGUGUCUCCUGCUUAUUCCUUUCCGUCCUGUCAGUCUCCCCUUACUCACCCACGCUCCUGGGGCAGCUCCCAGGACAGACAGGAUCCUCACAGAGGUGGUAAAAGCAAGGACAAGGUUUUGGGUCCUUGAUGUCGGUUUUCUCGCAACCUCUAGGCAGUGGCUCCCUCAUGCUUCCCUCUGCUUUGUUUCUGAAUUUACAGGUUGUGUGUGUUUAACACACAGGUAUAUCAUUGUCCUUCAGAUAAUACCAUUGGUUGAAGUCCAAGAUAGAACUUUCUAGAAUAAGAUUUAGCAUGUUCAUAUUCAUGAACGGGGAAAUAAUCGAGUGUCUGGGCCUAUUGGAUGACUGGCCUGUCUCUGAAGGUUGGCUCAGAACCAGGGAACUAUCAGCUGCUCUCAGACCCCCCCCCCCAUACCUCUGUACUGGCGAGUGUUCCCAUCUUUGCCUGUCCCCAUUCUCCUGCCAUGGAGGGGAGUCACUGCAAGAACCUCCAACCCAGUUGUCCCUUGGUCCCCAAUAUAAGGCAAGAGUUCCUCAGCCUCAACCCUGGGGAGCCCCAGCUGCACGCAACGUCUCUGGCUCAGUCUCCCAAAGACAGAAGAAACAAGUGAGAAGGGACAAUUCAUAGAUAGUCCAGGUCCCCAAAGCGAGUGGCAGGACUAGCCUUCUCUCUGAGUCUCUGGGGUGGCCUCAGGCUUCUGUGGUUGUGGGGGGAGGGGCAAUGGGAGAAUCUGGUCUAUAACCUGUACACAA